CUCAGUGGCUCUCUUUUACUCCGUCGCCCAUCUCCAGUCACCGGCUCUCCCAGUCUCCCUCACUCUGCAGCUCAUCUCCAGGUCCGGCUCUCCCUCACUCGGCAGCUCAUCUCCAGUCACCGGCUCUCCCUCACUCCGCAGCUCAUCUCCAGAUCCUAAAACGGAGAUGGAAGACACAAACACAGACACAAACAAAUCUGGUUCUUCCUCGCCAAGUGGUUCUCCCUUGAGAACUGGACGUUGUCCCUUGCCGACUUUGCGGUCUCCUUCGCCAUUUUCAUGGUCACCCUCACCAUUGUCACCUGGCAGUUCACCCUCAGGAUCACCAUUAAACGAGAAUCCGAAAUCUCCGACGGUGGACUUAGUAGGAGAAGACUUAGAGGCAGAGGAACAAGAAGGGACAGAGGGAGAGCAAGAGCCUACAAAUGAGGACUUGGAUACAAGUAGAAAAAGAAAGACUACCUCAGAUGUUUGGUUUCACUUUACAAGAAAGAAAGUUGACGGAAAAGUUAAAGCCCAAUGCCAUCAUUGUAACAAACUUUACUUGGGUGAGUCUAGUCGAGGUACAACUCAUUUACGUAAUCAUUUAGCAAGAUGUCCACGGAUGAAAUUUAAAGAUAUAAGGGAUAUGAGACAACAAGUUUUGAUCAAACAACAAAAUAAGGUGGAUGGAACCAUGAGUUUAAGUACUUAUCAAUUUGAUCAAGUUAGAGUGAGGAAUAAGCUUGCUCGUAUGGUCAUCCUACAUGAAUAUCCUCUUUCAAUGGUUGACCAUAUUGGGUUUAAAGAAUUUGUGGCCGAUCUUCAACCUAUGUUUAAACUUGUCACAAGAAAUACUUUGAAGAGUGACAUUCUUAAGAUCUAUGAUAAUGAAAGGGAGAAAGCUUUGAAGAUGACGGACAAGAAUGGAAGUAAGAUGGCCAUUACAACCGAUAUGUGGACUUCAAGUAACAAAAAGAGAGGGUUUAUGGUCAUUACCGCUCAUUUCAUUGAUCAUACUUGGAUGUUGCAAAGCCGGGUUCUAAGGUUUGUUUAUGUUCCUUCUCCACACACAAAAGAAGUUCUUGCUGAAGUCCUUGUUGAUUGUUUUUUAGAGUGGAACAUUGAUAGGAAGUUGUCUACAAUUACUGUUGAUAAUUGUAGUACCAAUGAUGCCAUGAUUAGAAUUCUUUUGAAUAAGCUUGAUACUAGUUCUCUUCUGUUGGGUGGGUCUAUGUUGCAUAUGAGGUGUGCUGCACAUAUUUUGAAUUUGAUUGUUCAAGAUGGAUUGUCUCUUAUUGGUGAUGGUAUUGAGAGGAUUCGUGAUAGUGUGAUUUAUUGGACUGGAUCACCAAAAAGAAGGCAAAAAUUUGAAGAAAAUGCACGUCAAUUGCAUGUUCAAUGCACCAAAGAGUUAGUUUUAGAUUGUAAAACUUGUUGGAAUUCAACUUACUUAAUGCUUUCUACUGCAUUGAUUUAUAAAGAUGUUUUCUCACAUUUGGCUAAACGUGAAAUAUCUUAUACUUGUUUACCAUAUGAUUAUGAUUGGGAGUUAGCUAAAGAUAUUUGUGGGAGGUUGGAGUUAUUUCAUAGUGCGACUGAGUUUUUCUCUGGUCGUAAGUACCCCACAACUAAUAUGUAUUUUAAUGUGGUGUGUGAGUUGAAAAUUGCAUUGAAUGAAUGGAGUGUGUAUUCAAAUGAGAUGAUAAGUACGAUGGCAGAAAGUAUGCUUGCUAAGUUUAAUUCUUAUUGGGCUAAUGUUAGUGUUGUUAUGGUUAUUGCUGCUAUUUUAGAUCCAAGAUAUAAGAUGAAGUUAUUAGAAUUUUAUUAUCCUAACAUUUAUGGUGAUAAUUCUAAUUUGGAGAUUGAAAAAAUUAAGAAUCUUUGUUAUGAUUUACUUGAUGAGUAUGGAGAUAUAAAUGAGUCAUCUGUAGAUAAUGAAGGAAGUUCCCAUAUUCCUGCUAGUACUUCAAGCCCUGUGGUACAAAUGAAAUUUAGGUUGAGUGGGGCAAUGUCAUCUUUUGAUGAGUUUGUGAAUAAUAGUUCAAGUAGUUCAAAGAAACAUGGGAGUGCUAGAAUGGAAUUUGAUCAUUUCAUUGAUGAGGGAGUGUUGAAGAGGAGUGAAGAUUUUGAUAUUUUGGGAUGGUGGAAAAGUAAUGGUUUAAAGUAUCCUACUUUACAAAGGAUUGCAAGAGAUAUUUUAGCCAUUCCUGUUACAACUGUUGCUUCAGAAUCGGCCUUUAGCACUAGUGGGAGACUUUUAAGUCCACACCGUAGUAGACUACAUCCCAAGACUAUAGAGGCAAUGAUGUGUGCUCAUAAUUGGUUAUGGAGUGAAAUCAACGGUUCUUCAACUAUGUCCGGAGAUUGUACCCUUCAAACAAUUCUUGAUGAUGGGGAGCCUAAUGAAGAGGAUGGAAGUUGUGUCACAAUUAUGGAUGAUUAG